ACACAGCUACAAGUGGGUGACAUCCAGCUGAGCCAGCAUUUGAACCGUCGGCUUGAAGAUAAGCUACUUUUCGUUCCGCUCUCUGCUUCUGUCGCUGUAAGGCAUGAGAAGACCUGCGAACUGCCUCCACCAACCCCGGCCUGUUUGCUACUGACACACCGACUGAUGUGACUGUCACAGUGUUGGAUCUGUGAGCACUUUACGACAUGCAGGCGGCCGGCCGCCCGGACUCCGUUUCCAUCCACCUCACUGGAGCGCAGAGCGGGGACUACAACAACAGCAAGCAGCGGAGGAGGCAGUCCUGCUGGAGGAGAUGGAAGCAAUUGUCCAGGCUGCAGCGCAGUCUCCUACUCUUCGUGCUCGUACUGCUUUUUAUUUGUGGAAUGGCGUCCUAUCCCACUGUAGCCAAACACCUCAGAAGCCUUACAGAGGGAGAGCAGGACACUGGGAGAAGCGUCCGUCUGAUGCCCCUCAAUCCUCAUGUGCUGCCUGAGCCCGUGCAGCAGGGCCAGCAGCCGCUGCCUGAGCAGCUCUCUCAGAGGAAAUUAUCCAAUAAGAGGGGACCUCCUGUCCUUCAGAGCCGUCUUCAGAAGAAAGGAAACAUUUCUAAUAUAAUUUCUGAAGACAAGACAGCUGAGCUGAGGAAGGAAGGAGAGAGGGACAGCGUCAACAGCUGGCGUGGGGCUGUGAUCGACACUGAUCAGGCCACAGAAGGCGCAAAGGAUGGGAAAAACAAGCAGGACUUGCCUGACAAUCAAGUCAAACAUUCAAAAGAUUUAGAACCAAGCCGGUUAGAGGCAGUGCAGGAAGCCUUCAGACAUGCCUGGAAGGGUUAUAAAGAUUAUGCCUGGGGCCACGACGAGCUCAGGCCCAUCUCCAGGUCCUACAGCGAGUGGUUCGGUCUCGGUCUCACACUGAUUGAUGCUCUGGAUACCAUGUGGAUCCUCGGGCUCAAGCAAGAGUUUGAAGAAGCCAGGACAUGGGUUGCCACAGAGCUCACCUUCAACAAAAAUGUUGACGUUAAUCUGUUUGAAAGUACCAUCCGCAUCCUGGGAGGCCUGCUGAGCACCUACCAUCUGACCGGAGACAGCCUCUUCCUGGACAAAGCUAAAGACAUUGGCUCCAGACUGAUGCCAGCCUUUAACACACAGUCCAAGAUUCCCUACUCCGAUGUAAACAUUGGUAAAGGCACGGCCCACCCCCCCCGCUGGACCUCUGACAGCACUGUAGCUGAAGUUACAAGCAUUCAGCUGGAGUUCAGAGAACUCAGUCGGCUCACCCAGGAACCUCAGUACCAGGCCGCAGUAGCUGAAGUCAUGAACCAGGUCCACAAGCUGGACGGCAAGCUGGAUGGUCUUGUGCCCAUGUUCAUCAACACAAACAGUGGACAGUUCACCCAUCAAGGCAUCUACACUUUGGGAGCCAGAGCAGACAGCUACUAUGAGUACCUGUUGAAGCAGUGGAUCCAGGGGGGCAAGAAGGAGGACCAGUUCUUGGAAGACUAUCUGCAGGCCAUCGAGGGUGUAAAGAAGAACUUGCUGCAGAAAUCUUCACCAAAAGGUCUUGUUUUUGUUGGGGAGGUCUCACAUGGACAGUUCAGUCCUAAAAUGGAUCAUCUGGUGUGUUUCCUGCCCGGCACUUUGGCCCUCGGUGCUCAUAAUGGACUGCCUGCUGAUCACAUGGAUUUGGCCAAAGAGCUGAUGCAGACCUGCUACCAGAUGUACAUCCAAAUGGAGACUGGCCUCAGUCCUGAGAUUGUUCACUUCAAUAUGCACCAGGGCAGCACCAGAGACAUUGAUGUGAAGCCUGCAGACAGACACAACCUUCUUCGACCAGAGACGGUGGAGAGCCUCUUCUAUCUGUACAGGUUCACAAAGGAUCGCAAAUACCAGGACUGGGGCUGGGAGAUUCUGCUCAAUUUUAACAAAUACACCAAGGUUUCCUCCGGCGGCUACACGUCCAUCAACAACGUGUGCGAUCCAGAUUAUCCAGGUCCCAGGGACAAGAUGGAGAGCUUCUUCCUGGGUGAGACCCUGAAAUAUUUGUACCUGCUCUUCUCUGAGGACCACGACUUUAUCAGCCUUGACAAGUACGUCUUCAACACUGAGGCUCACCCGCUGCCCAUAUGGCCUCCCACUGAGUGAUGGCCACCGCGACUCAGAACACUUCUCAGGGUUGGUAUGACACCAGAAGCAUCUCUCUGUGUAAGCAGCAGAAUGGCAUCAGAACAGGGACCCUGCUUCAUACUGUCAAGAUCAUUGGGAUUAAAAGGUCACAGUCAUGGCUAAGCCUUUUUUAUUUUAUUAGACUGGCUGAUUUUCAUUCUGUGGAUCUGUGCUGUUGACAUCGGGAUGCAGGGGAAACUGGAAGGUUGCCUGUGAUGCUGGAGCUGCUGGGGCCAAGUUUUGCUACAUCCAGUUUGGACCCAACUGACAGUUAUUGUUUCUAAAAUGCUUUUUACACUUUUUUUCUUUUGUUUUGAAACAAAAUCAGUAUCAGCAUUGCAGCUGUGAACGGCUGCAGGUUCAUCCUCUUCACAUUCCAUGGGAGCAGUAGCCAACCGGCCUCUGGGUUUUUCUCAGAAUAACAGGAAGCAGUUCUCAUCACGGGCGACUGUUGUCAGAUGGCCUCUCAGAUAAAAAUGAGCCCAGCUUCCUGACAGGGCACACAGUCAUGCUGCAUUCAUGUCUUCCAGAAGAUGCAGCUGGUAAGCACCACAAACACGUGUCCUUAUUGGAAGACUGAGUCGUUCUUAAAUCUCCAUUUAAUCGAAAAUACAGAUAUCUGUGAGAAGUAGCAUCCAGUAGGUCCCGAUGCUAAAUAAAAUAAAUAAAGUCAAACUGCUGCGUUGCAAAGCUCAGAAUGAAAGCAGCGCACUGCAAAAACGGAACUAAAAAUAAGUAAAAUGUUCUUAAAAUUAGUUUAUUUGUCCUUGAUUUGAGCAGGUAAAUAAGAUGAU